UAUCAUUGGACCGCAUCUCGUUUCAGAUCUGGGAUCACUGAGUGUGGCUGCGUAUGUUGCAUGUUGCACGAGAAAAUUAAGUUUAGAUUACAUUUCCGCAUAAUUUUUUGAGUUCGGUAUGGUUUAUAAACGUAAAAAGUACCACAGGGGAGACACACAGCUGAAAAAGGGUUGGAAAACUAAAAGAAGACAAAAGGAUCUUGACGAGAUUGAUGAUGAUUUGAAGGACGAAAAAGCAGAUAAACUUUUAAAUCAAAAAGUGGAUUUCGAUAAGCCAGGUGCUGCCCAACAUUAUUGUAUUCAUUGCGCGUCCAGGGGCCACCCUGUAUUUGCAUUGAUGACAACGUAUCAUUUGUCGUUCUAUUUUCUUUUCAUUCUACUCUGUGCUGUCUGCUCAUCACAACCAAAAACAUUCAAAUGUUUGCGCGGCUCUCCCACGACUUCACCACAUGCGACGGUUCUCCGCAACGAGGAAGCCGAGGCUGCGCUUCGUGCGCAACUACAGACGACGCUCGUCUGCUCGCUGUACAUAAUAUAUAAUUAAAAAUAAUACGUAAUGUGGGAAAAAAUUGGAUUGUAUCUAAACUCCCAAAAAAGCGGAAAAUUGAAAUAAAUUUCCAACCAUUUUUGAACGUA